AUGAUAGAAGCUUAUACUGUUUUCGUAAGCAAAGAAAUUGAAGAUAUCGAUAGCUUCUACCCUGAAAAUAUUCAAGAACGAAUUGAAGGAGGUGAUGUCAUUAAACAAGAUUUCAUUGAUGAUCUAUGGGUGUUAAUUUUAAGGUUUGAACGAGAAGAUGAUGAUGACAGAGAUCUUUACAAAAUUUUAAAAGAAAUUGAUUAUGUUGAAGCAGUUGAAGAGUUUGAAGAGUUUUGA